AUAAAGUGGUGGUCUUUGUGCCGAUAAUACAACACAAAAAUCAUAAUUAUUUUAAAUAAUUUACUCGGUAAUACUAGUAGUAUUAAUAUUAUUAUAAUUGUAUGAUAAAUUAAUAACUUGUGCAAGAAGAUUAGUAAUCUCCGAGUCUUGAUGCAUUUAUUGUAGUUGGUAUCGUUGGUGGUUGUCAGCGCUGCCUGCAGUGUAAUGACGACUUAAACGUUAACAAUAUAAUAUAAUUAUUAUUACGAUGAUAAAAAUAUAGUCAUAUAGGUAUAACAAAUAAGACUUAACCUGCAGAAUUCAAAUGUUCGGAUCGCAUUCUACAAGUAGCGCUCGACCAGAUCACCUGUCUGCAUCUAAUGAGUAGUUAGCAAACGAUUCAAUAAGUUAAAAUCAGUAAUUUUCCAUUCUCAAUAAGCACACGGUUCAAUAUUUUCAUCUGCUUACCCUCAACGGUUCUAGACGACGAUAACGUCAAUGUAUCCGGACAGGAACAGAACUAAUUCCAGGUCGUCGAGAUUUACCGCUCACGCUGCUGUUCAAUUGCAACGAUAUUACAAUAAGUCAGCGUACAUGCGCUAUGGUGAAGCUGACAGUCAGAAGCUCGAAGUUCUGAGCCACGAAGAUAGUGAUCCCCUCAUACAACGCGUCCGCAAAACAUUUCCUAGGUGUAACAUCAAUAUGAUACACCGAGUCAACGCCCCGCAAAUGUACGGCAUGUAUUUGUUGCGUAAAGAAGAAAUGCAGUUGACUCCCGAAUACUUCAGGGAAAUCAUUCUGUAUCACGUGACUACUAAAUCUAGAGCAUUAGAGUCGUUGACAAGUGGACUUGACUGGCGACGCACCCGGCGCUCUAAGUUUGGACGCGGUGUAUCGUUUAGCGACGAUGCUGACUACGCCAACUAUUAUGCCGACAAUUUCCCCAAAGAAGACAAACGAGUGAUCAUCGUGUGCACUGUGCUGGUGAAAAAAACUCAUUCUGUAUCUGGCAAACCCAACGAUAAUAAUUUAAUGAUACCGCUCGGUACAGCUGACACGACGGUGAGCACAAACGGCCGCGUGUACGUCAAGUACAACGACUAUGAUUUCUAUCCGAUGUACCUUAUGUACUACCAGCGGACACAGGAACUCAUAAACGAAAGUAAAUACUUCCGUAACAAUCCCAAUAAUAGAAGGCAGCAAAACCACCUGGUGGCGCAGCAAAAAGAACUGCAGGCACAGCGCGAGAUACAUGAGGCACAGCGUCGUCGAGAGUUGCAGGCGCAGCGCGAGCUAGAUCAGGCGGAACGUUAUUUAGAGCAAGAGCGGGCACGCCAGAGGCAAGUGCGGGAGCAGGAACGUCGCCGUCAGCUACUGUUGGAGCAGAAACAUCAUCAGCAAGUACGGGCGCCUUGUUCACGAGAUCACCCACAGCGACACGAAAGCAGCAACAAUUGUAAAGCAGCAAAACCACCUGGUGACGCAGCAAAAAAAACUGCAGGCACAACGUUAUUUAGAGCAAGUGCCCCGCCAGAGGCAAGUGUGGGAGCAAGUGCCCCGCCAGAGGCAAGUGUGGGAGCAAGAGCGUUGCCGUCAGCUAUUGUUGGAGCAGGGACAUCUUCAGCACGUACAGGUGCCACGUUCACAGGAUCAGACACGGCGGCACGAAAGCAGCAACGAUUUUUAUAUAAUCUCCCUGAUGAUCGUUACUAUAACAUGGACAUAGCUGAUGCCGAUACUUCAAAUGCAUCUACUGCGGUCGAUAUUGGACCUGAAGACGAAGAAAACAUACAAAACAAUGAAGAGCAAGAACAAAUAGAAAAUAUCAUGUCCGAUUUGUCAUCAAGUUCAUGCGGAGGGCACCGGUCGAACACUCUUCGCUGUUUUUGGACGAUGGCGGGAAUGACGCGAUCUCACGGAUAUAUACUCCCCCCCCUCUCGACGCGCUUCACUAAUCACGCCAUGGCCCUUUUGAAACGGCGGCAUAAUUACACAUCGAACACCAAAUUGGAUGCCAUUACCCAGCUCGACGGCAAUCUGAAGAUUGAAGAAAUCCGACGAAUCAGACGCGAAGUACGCGAUCUUUACACCUUUCCCGACUGCUACAUCGAUCGGAUAGAUAAAUUCAACGUCCCGGGGAUGUAUGGCAUGUACUUGCUGCGUAAAGAGGAAAUGCAAAUGGAUAACGGCGGAGUGAACGGUGUAGAGGAAAUGAUGCUGUACUACGUGACCACUACAUCUAGCGCUUUAAAUUCGUUGAAGAGUUGUCUCGACUGGCGGUGCACUCAACAUUCCAGGUAUGGACGUGGCGUGUCGUUCAGUGACAGUAUCGAAUACGCCGACUAUCAUGCCAACAAUUCUACCGGCGAAGGUAAUCUAGUGAUUAUGAUGUGUUCCGUGCUCGUGGUCAAAACGUAUGAGGUCAACCACAAAUUGAACAAAGGAAAAAACUUGAUUGUACCGCUCGGGAUGGUUGAUACAACAGUGAGCCGUGAUGGCUGCAUCUAUGUCAAGUACAAUGACUUUGAGUUCUAUCCUCUGCAUUUGGUGCACUACGGAUCAAACGAUUCCGAAGAUGAUGACUAUGAAAAUUAUGACUACGAAGAUGAUGGUAAUUGUUACUACUACAGAGUUGGUAACGUUCACAUAUAUCAUCAAUAUUAUUGAUACUUAUUAUUAUCAUCCACAGGUAGCAUUAUAUUAAUUAAACACCUCAUAGGUGAAAGCCAGA